CGCUACAGAUGUCCCGCCCACUGGCGCCAGCCGAUUGGUUGAACGCUCAGCGAGGGCUUGUUUGAAUCUGAUGCUGUUGUGUUGUCGAGGCUGCGCUUCUUCCUGCAAAGUUCAUUUUUCCAAACAUCCGUACUGGAUUUGGUACAUUUGACGCCCGCGGUCGCGUUUACAUUCAUUCCAACAGAAAUUUAAUAAUCGAACGUAGUUCGAAUGGGGCUGGUGUAAAAAAAAAUGUGCUAGCAAAGAGGAGCAGCAGACGGUUUACUUUGGUUUUACUUCCUACAAAUUCAAGGGACCAGGACAGAACGAAGCAGUUCUCCGACGCGCCAUGCACCAUGACACGUCAUCCAGCCGGAGGAAAGGCGCCACCCCGAGACAUCGCCCGCCGGUGCCGCCGCCCCAGUCGGUCGCCUCCACGUCGCGCACGCCUCGGCCUGGGAGGCCGCCGAAGUCUCCGAAGAAGCGACGGUUUCGUCCGGGGACGAAGGCCCUGAUGGAGAUCCGGAAGUACCAGAAGAGCACCGAUCUUCUCCUCAGGAAGGUUCCGUUCUCCCGCCUGGUCCGUGAGGUGUGUCAAAACUUCAGCGGAGGUGCUCUCAGGUGGCAGGUGUUUGCUCUGCUGGCCCUGCAGGAGGCGGCAGAGGCCUUCCUGGUCAUGUUGUUUUCCGACGCCAACUUGUGCGCCAUCCACGCCAAACGCGUCACCUUGUUCCCUCGCGACGUGCAGCUGGCCCGCCGUAUCCGAGGAGCGGAACAUCUCUGACUUUCCCAUUUGUAGAAAUGUUUGCUUUUUGGUAGAAAUAAAAGUCUCGUUGUCAAGGUGACAUCUUGGCGUCUAUUUU